AUGGCAUUCUCUCAAAGCAGCCAAGAUCUUCGCCUUGAGAAUAAAGAAGGCAGUCUCUUCCUGUUCUGUCAAGCCCAAAAUGAGGUUGGGGACUGGCAAGCUGCUGAGAUAAACCUGGAUCAAUUCAUUGGCAAUGGCGAUGGAUGGUCCGAAUGGGACGGUAUAAACUUCAGCCAGUCUGCCGAAAACAUUCACCUCGACGGAGCCUACUUGACCGCGGACUUGCCCAAGGCAGACGGAGGAUAUAGAGAAAGACAGGGCAUUGACUUGAAUGACCGCAUCGGAAACGAGGAUGGGAACCUGGUUUAUCUGUAUGAUUGA